CACGGCCUUGUUGACCGAUCCCGAAGGAGAGGUUACUUAGAUACAGGGAUUCUUGGGAUAGAGAGAGAACACAAGAUCUGCGACCGGAACGGGAUACUGGAGGUGGUAAUCAAGGCAGUGGAGGGCUAGGAUUGGAGGCGGACGUGACGUGAGUCGUGACAAAGAAACAGGUCUGGGCUGCCGCGACUGUCACGGGUCCGGGCUGCAGCGACUGUCAUAGGAACGGGCUGUAACAGUUGGCUAGAAUACCUAACUGCAUCUUCUGGCGGUCCAAUGGAACCCGACACGAUGGGGCCACAACCGACCACGGGCGAAGCCGGAGAAGAGUACAGGGCAUCGCCCGAUCGAGCAGUGAGGGAUCUGAAGGAACGAAUUAGGCAAGAAGCACCGCUGAGAUGGGCUGACCAAACCAAUGAUGGAGGUCCCGACAUGAGAGGUGAAUCAGUUGCAACAGACCCGCAGGAGGCUCUAAAGACGGGUACCUCGAGCGGACGACGAGAUGCGACGAGGCGACGCUCCCCCAAGUACGAGCGGAGGGACACCAUAGCAGAUUGGCACAGAGACGACUGGAGAGAGAGCUUGAGGGAUUCCUGUUGGAGGGACAGAGAUAGAGACAGCGCGCCGCCCAGGCGGGUCUUCGAUCUCCAGACAGGGGAGUCACAUCCGCUUCCUUAUGAGAGCAAGGACCGCUAUAUUAUUACGCACAAGGUCUCAGAGCCUCCUACCUUCAGGGGUUAUGGUAUCACUGAAUAUCUGGAGAAGUGGGAGCUUCAUGCCAGCCGGAGUCAGUGGUCGGAGGAAGAAAUUAUAGAGAACUUCCUAUUUAAUGUGGACCCAAGUCUCGGUAGGGAAGUUAAGGAAGCUCGACCGAAGGAUGGGAAAUGGACUACGUACAAGAAGAGCCUUGUUGAGCUUUACAAAAUGGAGGAUAACAAGUAUUCCAUCAAGGACCUUGAAACAAUGACUCAAGAUGAAGAUGAGAGCGUACGGGCAUUUGGGAUGCGUUUCCAAAAGAUCUCCGACGUGCUGAUGAAGAAGGGGAAGAUCUCAGAGGUCGAGCGUUGUACUAUCUUUAUCGGACACUUGUCCAAAGGUAGGCAAAAGAGUAUACUUAGAGAUCUUCCGCGCGACAGGCUUGAUUUCCCUGAAGUCCUAAAGCUCGCGAUAAAGGCAGAGGCAGACGAUUACCAGGACUUGGUGUGGAGAGGGAUGAGGAGACGUGACUUCUCUCUCUACAAGGAGUAUGUCACUGAUAAAUGUCCUGAUUUCAAGGAUUAUCCCUGGUCGGAGAAGAAUGAGGYCGUGGCUGAGGAAGUGAAGGAGAUACGGGACAUGGUGAAGGGAUUAACGAGACAGGUUACAGAGAUUGUGAUCGCCACAGGGGUCACGGCCUACCGGGACAAACCUGGAGGGCCCUAUUCACUUCGCUGGGACCGUAGGAACAAUGAUCCUUGGAGGAGUGUCGAGGAUAGAAAUCCUCGGACGCUGAUUAAUUAUCGUACGAGGGUGAGGGAUAGAGACGAUGAAUUAUGGCGACGYAGGGACGAUGAGAUAGACCGAGACCGCAGAGAUCGCGAGCUAUUUGUGCGAGCAAGGAGGCUAGAUGAUUACCCCCGAAGCCCUCGCUAUGAGGCCGAAUGGGGUAGGGGUGACUCCCGCGGCCGAUGGGAGAGGGGCGGCAGAUACGAGAGAUCGGACCGGGAUGGAUAUAGGGACGACAGAUACGAGAGGUCGGGUCGAGAUGGCUACAGAGGAAGUAGAUAUGAGAGAGGAGAUCGGGACUGGGAACGACAAGAUGGGACACGUGGACGGUUUGAGCGUGGGGAAGAAGCGAGAAAGCAGCGCGACGAGACGCGAGGAUGGCACAACCGAGGGGACCGACGCGAUGAGUCACGAGGACGCUAUGACUCGAGGGACCGCCGGAAUGACUCGCGAGGGCAGUAUGAGCGAGGAGGGUCUGGAGAAGACCGGCGCAACGAUUCGCGCAGUCGGAAUGAAAGAGGGGGAUAUGGUGUCUCAUCAGAACCAUAUCCAAAGUCGCCUGACCCCAACGCGGCCAGGAAUUCGAUGUCUAGAGGCGCAGACAACAGGGCGUCUACUCCCAGGAACUCAUGCGUCUAUUGUAGAGGAGAAGAUCAUAUCAAGAGGAAUAGCCCAGACCUUAAACGGGCAAUAGAUGAGGGGCUUGUCGUGCUUGACGACCGCAAGUACGUCAAGUGGGAAGAUGAUCUGGGAGAUGUAUCGAUGUUUCCUUCGAUGAAGGAGAACGUCGAAGCUAGGAGAAUAAAGACGAGUAAAGGAAUGGAGCCGGUCAGGAGCCAGAGCAUCAAGAUAAUCUUUGAGGGGGAUAUCGCGACCACACCCAUAAGGAUGGCAGCCACCAAGUCAGCAAGAGGGUCUACAUUGAAGAAGACUGACACGGAUUAUGUGAUGACGGAGAAGGACGGGCAACGGAUCGAUGGAGAGGAGGUUAUCCUUUCGCCACGAAAGAGGGGGGUGAAGAAGUUCUUAAUGAAGAGUUCGUUGGACGAGAUUGACACGGUUGAGCCACUGAGGCGGGCUCUUCGGCAACCAAUGCAGUGCUCUAUUCUGGAGUACCUGGCGGCAUCGAAGCCGGCCCGUGAUGAAUUACAGAUGAUCACGCGGAAGACUCGCGUACCUCUAUCAGAGGAGGGUCAGGGAGCCCCUAAAGCGGAGGCUUCUACAGUAGCGGUAACGGGGGUGACAGCCAGAGCGGAUCGCGUGGCGACAGCCCUUCUCGAUGGGAUGGAAGGUGUGCCACCAGAAAAGUUUUAUAUACUUGGUAGCGGGACUGUAGAGACGAUUAUAAACGAUGGAGCGGUACUUGAUGCUGUGAUUGAUAACGACAAUGAGACUGUCAUCAUACACGAGGACCUGGCGGUACAAGUUGGACUGGGCCUCGAUAGGUCAUACCUAUUCGAGAUAGAGACGGCUGAUGGGAGAAAGCAACAGAUCACUGGGGUUUGUCACAAGGCAGCCAUAGAGGUCCAAGGGGUACGAGUGAUCCUGCCUGUCUUUGCAGUCAAGAACUGCAGCUCCGACCUGCUCUUGGGUCGAACGUGGCUGAGCCACGUGCAUGUGGUGACGAUAGAGCGACCUGAUGGGAGCCAAACAUUGUCCAUUAAGAAGUCAGACGGGACGCGGAAUCAGGGGUACCCUGAGUUCUCAUAAUUCCUGCAGCCCGGUCAUCCCAAAGCACUGUCAAAACGCGGACUUAACCUUGAGCCUAA